AUGCAGGCCUUAACUAAGCAGCAAAUAGGUCUUGGAACUGCCGCAAUAAGCAUCUCGCUUCUAGGAUUGGUACGGAACUGGGCUGCUGGAGGUGCUUGUUCGACAAAGGAUUUGAACAAAAACUUGAAGGGCAAAGUCAUCAUUAUCACCGGAUCAAACACCGGAAUUGGCUACGAAACAGCACUUCAACUGGCCAAACAAGGAGCCACUAUCUGUGUCGCUUGUCGUCCGUCCCAAAAGACACACGAUGCAGUAAGAACUAUUCGUGAGAAAUCAAAGAAUGAAGAUGUCUUUGCUUCAGAAUUGGAACUGGACUCUAUGGACUCCAUUCGUGCCUUUGCUGAGAGGUGGAUUAAGAGUGGAAAACCCAUCCACAUUCUCAUCAACAAUGCUGGCGUGAUGGCAAUUCCUGAGCGUCGAGAGACCAAAGAUGGCUUUGAAAUGCAGAUGGGUACCAACCACUUGGGCCAUUUCUUGCUCACGGAGCUCUUGUUGGAAACAAUCAAGUCCUCAGCUCCCGCUCGGAUAAUCAACUUGUCCUCUAUUUCGCAUUCUCGAAAUGGACCUGACAGCAGAGGAUCUUUCAUUAAUUUUGACGACUUCCAAAGCAAGAAGGACUACGCAGGCCCUCGUGUCUACUCAAGGACAAAAUUGGCAAACAUCUUGUAUACAGACAAUUUGGCUAAACGAUUAUCUGGGACCGGUGUAACUGCUAACUCGUUGCAUCCUGGUGUCGUGAGAACUGAGCUCAUCCGACAUGUGAAUAUUCCAUUUUAUGCUUGGUCUCUCUAUCCCAUCGCCAUGAUCGUCACGAAAACGCCAUGGGAAGGAGCUCAGACUACCCUCCACGUGGCACUGUCUGACGAAUGCUCGCAGGUAACGGGCAAAUAUUUUGCUGACUGUGUCAUCAAAGCUAAAUCGGCACCUCAAGCCGAGUCUGUUGAUGCUGAAAAUACUCUGUGA